CCAAACGUCCUAUUUUAAUCCCAAAACAAGGUUCCAACCCAAAAAAAAGCAAGGGCAACAACAGCAAGAGAAGGAAAGUAAAGUGAAGAGAAAGCUUGAGAAAGAUGAACGAGAAGAAAAGGCCAAAGGCAGUAAUAGUAGGAGGAAGCAUAGCGGGGGUAUCCUGCGCACACUCGCUCAUCUUAGCAGGGUGGGACGUGGCCGUGCUCGAGAAAUCCUGCGCACCCCCCACCGGAAGCCCCACCGGCGCUGGACUUGGGCUCGACCCUCUAGCUCGCACCCUCAUUGGGACGUGGAUCAAAUCACACCAACUUCUCCACAACACCACUUUACCUCUCACGUUUGAUCAGAACCAAGCAACGGAUGGUGAGAAGAAGGUGAGUUGGACAGUGACGAGAGAUGAGAAGUUCAAUUUCAGAGCGGCGUAUUGGGCUGACCUCCAUGAUCUUCUCUACAAUGCGCUUCCACCCAAUAUAUUCCUUUGGGGUCACCUUUUCAGCUCGUUCUCUGUCUGUAAUGACAAGAAAGCAGUCAAAGUUAAGGCCAAAGUGCUUCAAACUGAAGAGAUUGUUGACGUAGUGGGUGAUUUGCUUGUUGCUGCAGAUGGGUGUCUCUCUUCAAUCCGUAGGAGUUUUCUUCCCGACCUCAAACUUAGAUAUGCAGGCUAUUGUGCGUGGAGAGGGGUUCUUGAUUUUUCAGAAAACGAAAAUUCAGAUACCAUCGUGAGCAUUCGAAAAGCGUAUCCUGAUCUUGGUAGAUGCUUGUACUUUGAUUUGGGUUCGUCUACUCACAUAGGUUUAUAUGAACUGCAGCGGAAAAACCUCAAUUGGAUUUGGUACAUAAAUCAACCUGAGCCCGAACUAAAGAAAAACUCAGUGACCAUGAAAGUAACCGAUGACAUGAUUCAGAAGAUGCACCAAGAGGCAGAGAAGAUCUGGGAUCCUGCUUUGGCGAGAGUAAUUAAAGAAACGAAAGAGCCUUUCAUAAAUGUGAUAUACGAUAGUGAUCCUCUACAACAACUGUAUUGGGACAAUGUGGUGUUGGUUGGAGACGCAGCUCACCCCACAACUCCUCAUGGAUUGAGAAGCACAAACAUGUCACUGCUUGAUGCUGCAGUUUUAGGGGCCUGCCUUGACAAGUGGGGAAGGGAAAAGUUGGAAUCGGCUCUUGAGGAGUAUCAGUCCAUUCGUUUACCAGUUGUUGCCAAGCAAGCCCUGCAUUCUAGGCGAAUGGGUCGCCUAAAACAAGGCUUGGUUUUGGAGACCGGCAAAACAUUUGAUCUGAAGACUGCAAAUUCUGAGGAUUGUGAGGAGCUGCAACAGAAAAACAUGCCAUACUUUGCUGACGCUCCCUUGCCCGUUGGUUCGCGCUACGCUUGCUCCACUCCUUAACCCGUAAAGCAUGUUCUCCGUGAGCAAAGCAAGUUGUGCUGUCCUAGCCUUGCGCGUUGGGAAUUGUUACAAGAAAAAGGCUUUUUAGAAACUUCAAUUGAUCUAUAAUUUAGUGUGAACUUUUUCAUGGCAUGUUUAUAGCCUAAUAAAUCCACAGCUCAAAGAAA